AUGGACAACACAGACCCGUAUUUACUGAACUUUAAAGGCUGUUAUUUUCAACGUUCUUUACUUGAUGUUGACCUUAUAGAACAUUUAGAUGAUUUUGAAAUUAGAGAUGAUGAUGUGUUUAUAAUUACAUAUCCAAAAUCUGGUACAAUCUGGACUCAGCAGAUAUUAAGCUUGAUUUAUUUUGAAGGCCAUCGUAACAGAAGUGAAAUGGUGAACACAUGUGAUAGAGUCCCCUUCCUGGAACACAGUUCACACAAAGUGGACCAUGUCAACAGACCAUCCCCUCGUCUCUUCACUUCCCACAUCCCAUAUUAUUUAGCACCGAAAGGUCUCAAGAAGCAAAAAGCUAAAAUUAUUUACAUCUAUAGAAACCCCAAGGAUGUUUUGACUUCAUAUUUUCAUUUUUCAAAUUGGUUAGUUACAUUUGAACCUUCAGAUAACAUAGAACAUUUCAUGAAAAGGUUUCUAGAUGGAAAAGUGAUGGGAAGCCUUUGGUUUGAUCACAUCAGAGGCUGGUAUGAACACAGACAUGACUUCAAUAUUUUGUUCAUGAUGUAUGAGGAGAUGAAGAAGGAUCUCAGAAGUUCUGUGCUUAAAAUCAGCAGUUUUCUUGAAAAAGAACUGAAUGAAGAGGACUUGGAUGCUGUUGUGAACCAGGCUACAUUUCAGAACAUGAAGCUUGAUCCACAAGCAAAUUACGAUUAUAUUCUAAAAUCUGAAAACUGGACAAGAACAAAUGAAGGAGAUUUCUUGCGCAAAGGUACCAUCGGAGACUGGAAACAUCACUUGACCGUGGAGCAAAAUGAAAGAUUUGACAGAAUAUUCCAAAUGAAGAUGAAAGAUUUUCCCUUGAAGUUCAUCUGGGAUAUAAAUGAGGAGUAG